CAGUUGCCGGUCGCGUCCCUCAAACUCCGGCUUCUGUUUGCGAAGUAAAUCGUGGCAGAGAACUAUGACAACAGGACAACGGGCUAAGGAUAAUAAAGGGACUUGUGACGUGGCAAUUAUACAGAGAUUUAGGAGGAAAGCCUGCAGGGACGGCCUCCUUUCCCCCACCUUCCUUGAGGUUUGGGUGAGGCGGCCGACGCCCACCCCCGCCGUCUCGCUGCGGGCUCCGCGGUCGAGGCAGCCGGUCACGUGACCCCGCAGAAGCCCGGGGCUUUCUCCUCUGUUCUAUAAAUAUUCUCAGAGUAUCCUAUUCUUCCUCUAUAAAGAACCUGCUCUAAAAGUAGCCCAAGGUCUUGAGAUGAAUGAAGAGCAGCGAACGGAGCAGUUAAGCGGUUCAACUUCCGUGUGAACAGAAUUACUAAAGAAGUGACGACAACCACAUCCAUCUGUUCUGUUCUGCAACAUUAUGUCCUCAAUGCCCUGCUUUUAAAAUGGGUUCUUCAGAGAAUAGGAAGUAAAUUGAUAAGACAAGCAGGCAGCUCCUUGGUUCAGGGACAGCAUACAAAAUAGGCACCUUGUUCUCUAGAUCACAGGCCAGCAUGGCUGGGGAGGAAAUUGAUGAGCACAAUCUUAGCAUGUGGUACCAUUUGCUACUAUGGUUAAUUGUCAUCUUUUUAUGGUGGAAAUGGAGAGAUGGGGAGAAUUUAGAUGAUGUGGAUCCUGAAGGGAAAUAUGUAUUCAUCACUGGCUGUGACUCUGGAUUUGGAAAACUGGCAGCUCUAACCUUUGACAGGCGAGGAUUUCAAGUGAUUGGUGGUUGCCUGACCGAAAGGGGAGCAAAGGAGCUGAAAGAGGAGUCAUCUCAUAAACUCCAGACGGUGCUGCUGGAUGUGACAAACUCAGACAACAUCAAGCAAGUAGCAGAACAAGUUAAGAAGGAAGUAGGAGAACAUGGUCUCUGGGGCCUCAUCAACAAUGCUGGGGUCAUGGGACCAUCAGCACCAACCGAUUGGCUGAGGAUUGAGCAUUUUAGAGCCCCCAUUGAAGUCAACCUGAUGGGCCUCAUAAACGUUACGUUAAACAUGCUUCCAUUGGUGAAGAAAGCCAAAGGAAGAAUAGUAAACGUAACCAGCAUUGGCGGUGUUCUGGCAAUAUGUUCAGGUGGUUAUUGUCCAUCCAAAUUUGGAGCAGAAGCAUUUACCAACAAUUUAAGACAGGACAUGAAGCCCUUUGGAGUGAAAGUGUCUUGUAUUCAACCUGGGUUAUUCAAAACAGAGCUCUCUGAUAGAAUCCGGGUCAUAAAAGAAAAAAUGGCCAUUUGGACUAGCCUUCCUCCCAUUAUCCAACAGCAGUAUGGUGAACAUUAUCUCAAGGAAGAUGCAAUAAAGAAAGAAAGAUUAGUUAAAAUGUGCCAGAAUUCAAACCUCUCACUGGUUGUGAACUGCAUGGAACAUGCCUUAAUGAGCAAAUAUCCACAGACUCAUUACAGUGCAGGCAUGGAUGCUAAAUUCCUUUGGAUUCCUCUCUCAAAGAUGCCAGUCUCUGUGCAGGACUAUAUACUCAUGAAGAACAAAGUUAAGCUAGUUAAUCCAAAUGCAGAAUAAGAUCUCCUCCUUUGGUUACUUGGCAUUUCCUAGGGAGCCUCAACCAGUUGGCUCAGGACAAGAACUGGCUAUACUGUGGCCAUUGUUAACCAGUUCAAAGUACCAGUUCACGUUCAUGCUUCAAAAGCUGUGCUUGCUUAAAUAAUGAAGAUAAAUACUCCAGUGUUCAGGCAAACAAGUAUCCAGGAGUGUGGGCAAUGCCAUUUUUUGCUGACAUUAAGAUGACAAUAUGGUCUGCACUGUCUGAUUGUUGUUAAGGCUGAUCUAGCAUUUGCUGACAAAAAUAUACCGUAGGCAAUUGAUCGAUCAAAACUUAGAAAACUGUUAUCACAGAACAGUGAAAUAAUUGUGUAUUUUAAGACUUCACUAGAAGAAUAACAAAGUACAAAGACAGUUAAAAGUACCAACUAUGUGCUUUGCAAAUUUUGGUCAUUUUGAAGAGCUCUACAGAGGCAAAACAGAGUCCUCUUUCUCUUCACCCCAGCGUGUGUGUGUGACCCAGUGGCAGUUUAAGUUCUUUGCGGAGGGCUGAAUUCUCUAAGUAUAGGUAGAAUCUCUCAGUUGCCCAGAAGUCAUGAGAUUAAGCCAUGGAAUAAAAUGCCCAUGACCAUAUAUAGAAUGCCUCUCUUUAGUGAAGAAACGGUUCCUUCAAAUGUCUGAAGACUGAGAGAUCUCGGUUCCUGUGCCCCUUCCCUCGGUUCAGUCUCAGUGGUUAGGACCAUCCAGAUGUUGCACUGCUUAAGGUGAGGCAUGUUCUGAGAUGUCAGGAAGCCAUGUAGUUGAGUGUCAGGCUGAUUCAGUCUAAUGCAUUUUAUAAAAUAGAAACUGGAUAUUGAUGCCAGCCACUCCAGAUUGCAGGCCUACUGGCUGAAAUUAUUGGGAGUGGAAGUUCAGCAACAUCUGGAGAGCACACAAUGGAUGACCUCAGAGCCAUGGCUGAACCCAUUGAGAAAAAUCUCAGGCUUAACCUUCCAUCUUUCCAGUUCAGGGAUUAGAGACUCAGUUUCAGUUGGUAUGGGCAAUCUUGGAUUUUGCAAACAAUUUGGCCAGGUGGAAAGCCCUUCCUAUGAUACAGUAAUUGCAUGCGUCUGAAUAGCAACAGUGACUGUGUUUGAAUUUGUUUUGUGCUCUUCAGUUUUGGGCUAUGAAAGCAGGAAGGUUCUGGUCAGGCUUGUAUGAAUAAAACCAGACAAGCUAGUUCUGUGGCUCUGUGAUCACAGGGGCUGCGUUUAUCUAUUACCCCAAGCUGCGACAUGAUUUGCUUUUAAUUUAUCAUGUGGUAUGAUCUCAACUAGCUGUGGCUUAUUCCAAAGAUUGUGGUUAAAACAAACCAUGGUUUAGCAUUUCCUGUUUCUUGAACCCCUUCAAACCCUUUUCAGAAAUCCUUGCAAACACAGCACAUCAUAAGUAGCAUAAGCUUGCUGCUCACCUCUGCAUCACAGUUGUAAAUCAAAAUGUCGGAAAGAACAGUAAGGCAUUGGAAGCAGUGUUGCCCCUAAAUAAGAACUGAGUGAGGCCAACUUCUGCAGGAUUUUGAAAACAAGGGAGGCACUGUCAUUCUUGCCAUUUUGCUCUCCCAGUGUGUUAAAAAAGUUAAUUUGUCUUUUACACAAGGAUAUUCUUGACUCAUGCUUCAUCGACAUGGACAACAAAAGGUGGUCAGUUGACAGUGCUCAAUAGAUAGAUGGACCAACAUCCUUAAUCUAACACAGUGACCAUAUUUCUUAUGCAGAAAGUGAACAGGAUGACAAGAACAAUUUGCAGCUUGAAUUAUCCAUUUAUCUUUCCUAUCCACAUAAGAACACCCAUCAAAAGAACCAAUUAUAACAUUUCACAAGGACAUGUCCUACUUAGAACCUUUUAUUGAACUUUACUGGUUCAACAAAGGUAUGUGGGUUUAGAAGUAAUGAAACUCUGAAUGGACCAGGCUGCAUGGUCAAUUGGUCAUCUUUUAGCAUUCCAGAGAGUGUUUAAGAGCUGAAUUAUAAUUUGCACAACAGGGAAGCUGAAAGAGAAAUGUGAAGUUCUGGAGAAAGGUAGGAUCCUGAGGAAAAGAGAUCCUUUUCUAAUCUCCACCCGAGUUCUGGGGGAGUGUCUUCUUCCUGGGAAAAGUCCACAUUGUCAUUGUGCAUGUAAUUGCACUGGCACUUCCUUAUAAUAUGUGUUUUUUAUGAAUGAUUCAUUUAUUGUGUAUAUACUGUUAUAUACAUUUCAAUAGUGUAUUUAUUGUAAAGUUUUGAUCUAACAGCAAUAACUUUUAUCCUUGGCGAUUA